GGCAGGAAAUUUUUUUACAACAGAAAAGCAGAAUUUUAAUAUUUGAAAUCUCUGGUUCAGAUAAAAUGAUAACUGCGAAUUUCUUUUUUCCCCCACAUUAUACAUAAAAAAAUAUUAAUUAUAAGUCUCUCAUUACAGGCUUCUAAUACAAGUGGCUGUACAACAUUGUGCAUUGCACACUGUGUAUGCAUGUGUUUAGUAUGUGUGCAUUAUAUGGGAUUGAUAUUAUUUGUGUGGUUAAAGCUUUUCGUAAAAGGAACACGAAAUGCGGGGUUUGUUCAAUAAGGUCAUUGCAAUGAUUUACCUAUUUAUACAGCUGGAUAAUUUCUACUGGAGCACUUGCUCACACUGCAACUACAAUAGGAGUGGGAGUUGAACCAGCAGUCCUCCCAAUACAAUGAAUGCCUCCAUGAUAUGAUACUUUUUUUAAAAUAUAUUUAAAUAUUUACCCUUCUGUACCAUGAAAACAGACAAGCAUGGUCCUGCUGGCAGCGUAGCUUGAUGACAUCUGAAAAUUCUCAAGUCCAUUGUAAAUGUAUACUUCUGAACCUAGGCAUCCCAUACCUUACAAGACAACAAUACACAACUAUAUGUAAUACAAACUUAUCCAACCAUCCUUUCAACUUCAGAAAGGAGAACUGAGUACCGAAUGAAGCAAAUGUUAUGUGCAAAUCCACAAGAUGGCAGAAGAUGUUUGCAAGCUGAGACAAAAUGUGAAACUCAGCUAAUCAGUUGAUGAACAAUGUUUCCUGCCAUAUACAUGUUGACACAAGCAGGACUCAAUUUAUGGGACAUGGAACCUUUUGACAGGCAAAUUUACACCUGAAGAGUGGGAAUUCAGCUCUGAUGCUCAUCAGUGACAGUGUAGCACUUCUCUUGAGGGCUUUCAUUUGACACUUUUUAUCCUUUGUUUCCAGGAUAGGCUCUCGACCACCAGGACCCUGCAUUGGACAAGCAGUUACUACUAAAGGGUGAACAGAUAAAUAUGAGCAGAUUUCAGACUCCUGUCUCUGGACUGGAAUAAAUACCUCCGGUGCCGAGAUCACGGUCUCCUGUCCUGACCAGGGUACCAGUGAGGAGCUGAACAGCUGAUAACUGUCAUACCACAGGGAUGGAGUGUCCCGACCUGCUGCAAGCUGCACUACUAUCUGGCCGUGGAGACUUGCACAACUGCUCCUCCAACGAGACCGAGGUCAACGUGACCAUCAUCAGCGCAGUCGGCGGCGGCGGCGGUGACCGGGACCUCAGCCUCCUGCUGCAGGCGGCUCUGGCCGUCACCCUGUCCCUCUUCACCCUGGCCACCAUUCUGUCCAACGCCUUCGUGAUCGCCACCAUCUCCCAGUCCAGGAAGCUCCACACUCCGGCCAACCUGCUCAUCGCCUCGCUCGCCGUCACGGACCUGCUGGUGUCCGUCCUGGUGAUGCCCAUAUGGGUGCUCUACACGGUGAGCCGCACGUGGACCCUGGGCCAGGUGCUGUGCGACAUCUGGCUGUCCUCUGACAUCACCUGCUGCACGGCGUCCAUCCUGCACCUGUGCGUGAUCGCGCUCGACCGCUACUGGGCCAUCACGGACGCGGUGGGCUACGCCAAAAAGCGCACCAAGGCGCGCGCCGCGGGCAUGAUCUGCACCGCGUGGGUCAUCGCCAUCUCCAUCUCCCUGCCGCCGCUCUUCUGGCGCCAGGUGAAGGCGGAGGAGGUGACCACCUGCAGCGUCAACACGGACCACGUCUUCUACACCAUCUACUCCACGUUCGGGGCUUUCUACAUCCCCACGCUGCUGCUGAUCGCCCUCUACGGGAAGAUCUACGUGGAGGCGAGGAAGAGGAUCCUGAAGAAGUCUCCCAAAAACGCGGGGAAGAGACUCACCUCCGCGCACCUCAUCACGAACUCGCCCGGGUCCGAGUCCUCCACCACCGCUCUGAACUGCAGGGCGCACGAGGGCUCCACGGGGGACAGCGGCUCUCCAGCCCACGCGUGUCAGGUCAAGGUGGCCGUGUCGGACUCCCUGCUGGACAAGAAGAAGAUCUCCGCUGCCCGGGAGAGGAAGGCAACCAAAACUCUGGGAAUAAUCCUGGGCGCGUACAUCGUGUGCUGGCUGCCCUUCUUCAUCUACACGCUCAUGGUGCCCAUCUGCACCGCGUGCACUUUCCACGCGGAGCUCUUCGACUUCUUCACCUGGUUGGGUUACCUGAACUCCUUGAUCAACCCCAUCAUCUACACCAUGUCCAACGACGACUUCAAGCAGGCUUUCCACAAAGUGAUCCGCUUUAAGUGCUGCAGGCGCUGAGCCCCGUUUUAUUUCCACAAACUUGCCCCAAAUCACAU